UUAUCCAACGCGCGCCGUGCGGUUGAUAGAGGGCACGCUGGAAAGAAAGGCACCCUCACUACGGCCACUGAAGAUGGAUGAUUUAGAGACUUUUUGAUGGAAAAUUGCGACAUCACUGGGCUUAUUGCGCGACACAAAGUCAUUGAUCGUUGUUCUGUGUCUCAAGAAUGGCAUCCCGAAAUACGUCAGAUUUUUUCCGGACUAUCAAUCUCUUAUUUGCCUAUAUAUAACCACACACAGCCAUGAGUCUGGACUUCAAUUAAACUCUCUUCGCUGUUGCUCAACUCGGAGCUAGAGCUGACAUUCUACCCAUCAAUAUUAAUAUAUUUGGUUAAAUUUCGUUUGACAAUGGGCGAUUUGAAACUAGCCAAUACCCCUAGCAUUAAGUCUAUGCCAUCAGAUCAAGGGAACCAUUCCAAUGAGAGGAGUAACCCUGAUAUAAUCGAUGGGAACGAGUAUAUAGAUCCCAAGAUCGAGCGAUCGCUAGUCCGCAAAUUCGACAUUUUUAUCCUUCCGAUGUGUGCCUUGGUUUACUAUACUCAUACGCUUGAUCGAGCGAACCUGGGAAAUGCCAAAACUAUGGGUAUUCAGACAGACUUGGGCCUCAUCAACAAUGAGUUCUCAUUGGUGCUCAUUUUGUUCUAUAUACCAUAUGGAAUCUGUAAUAUUCCAGCUGCUCUUCUUGCAAAACGCUUUAACCCGGCACGCGUUAUCCCUCUCAUGAUGGGAACUUGGGGUGCACUAUCUACGAUAACCGCUUCGACUACAAAUUUCGGCGGCCUACUGACUGUCCGUAUUCUUAUCGGAAUAGUGGAAGCUAGUUUUAUGCCUUGUGUAUAUUUGUACUACUCCUUAUUUUAUACAAGGAAAGAACUUGCGUUGAGAACAGCGGCAUGGGGGUUUACUGGGUUUAUUGCGGGUGCGACGAGUGGUCUUAUAGCAUGGGAUGUAUCCCAAUGGCAUCGAUCCCUUAGUGGUUGGCAAUAUCUUUUCCUUAUCGAAGGUGGCAUGACAGUUGCCAUUUCAGUCAUUGUCUUCUUCGUCCUACCACGAGAUACAAGCUCAAAAUUUUUCACAGCUGACGAGCAGCGAGUAGCUCGAAUCCGACUUAGUCGUGAGUCAGAACUUGAGGGUGUUGGUAAAAUUGAGUGGGAAACUGCUUUCGCCGUGCUAUCCAAUUGGCAUGUAUGGGCUUUUGCCGCAAUGGCAUUCCUGUGUGGUGUAGGGGUGGCGAGCGCGUCCAAUUUCCUCCCGACUAUGGUGAAGCGCAUUGCAACAACGACACCAAAAGCGAACCUGUACACCGUCGGCCCCAACCUAGUCGCUGCAGCAGUACAGAUAGUCUCUUCAUGGAUAUCGGAUCGCUAUCAGCAACGUGCCCUUGUCUCAUUCUUCACGUUGCUUGUGUCUAUGGUUGGGUUUAUCUUGCUCGCUACCCUCGACCUCGUCCAUAACACGCGAGUUGGCUAUUUCAUUACCUAUCUUAUUACAUUUGGUACCUACAUGCCAGAGCUUCUUAUGCCACUAUGGCUGAGUAGCAACCUGACCAGUGCGUCUGCACGAGCUGUGGCUUUAGGUCUAUUUAUCGGCGGGCAAAAUAUUGGUGGUAUCCUUUCUAGUGCAGUAUUCCGCGAUGAAUACGCACCGGUAUAUAAGCCAGCACUGAUUACCGUAGCAAUAUGUCAAGGCAUUUUGUUACUAGCACUGCUAGCGAUGAGACAGACUUAUGUGACAUUGAAUCGCAAACUAGCAAGAGGAGAGAUUGGCCCGGUCAAGGGAAUGGAAAAUAACCCUGGGUUCCGAUAUGCAAUUUAAACUUAGUACACUGAUAGGAAAAGCAAAUCACAUAGUUAUAGGGUUUCGAUCAACUCUAUGCAUAAGGUUCCUACAUGAAUAGUUUUGAUAUUCCCUCUGUGUUUGUAUUUCCUUUACUGAGAAUGACACCCACGUCUCAUCCCAUCUCUAUGAAAGUUUUAUUGGGUAGGACAGCUGUUAAAUCCAUUACACCUCUAGAGGAUGC